CGUUCCGGCUGUAUGUUGUUUGUACGCUGGUGGCUAAAACUUAGCUAAUGCAUUACAGUUGGUGGCGCUCGGCAUUUUUAAAUGUCUGAUUAUUUACGCUGUUCGUUAACUGUUUAAACGGUGUUGACCAGCUCUAAAAGCCGCCAAUAAUUUAAUUUCCGUCACUGUUUGUAGAAGAAGGAUAAUUUUUAGCCCUUAAGCUAGGAGGCUAACAGGGUCCACAAUGGAGGGCAGCGCCAGCGUGAGGAAAGCGCUGUCCGGGACUCUCGUUCCUGUAGCGGUCUCAACAGUGGCUCUCCAACAGCAGCCAGAGGAAAAGGAGAAGGGGAUGGUGAAGAGAAAAGUCCUGGAUGAGGAGAGUUACAUUGAGAGCUUAGAGAAAAUUAUCCAGAGGGACUUUUUCCCAGAUGUGACAAAGCUACAGGCACAGAAGGAAUAUCUUGAAGCAGAGGAAAAUGGAGACCUGGAGAGGAUGAGAGAGAUUUCCAUCCAAUACGGAUCAUCAUUGACAAAAUCUACACCGCAGUCUUCUGCACCAUAUGUGACUCCUGCUAGCUUUGAGACACCAGUGGGCCACCCAGGAUCCCCUGCUUCCACUUAUUCUCAUAAAGUUGUAGAUGGUGAGAAGAGGGCUGAUGAGACAGAAGAGAAACAGCUGCCCAGUCUGGACCGCUUCCUUGCUAAGAAUACCAGUGAGGAUAAUGCUUCCUUUGAGCAGAUAAUGGAUCUGGCAAAAGAAAAGGAGAAACUGAAGCAUGCUUGGUUAUAUGAGGCUGAGGCUGAAUUCAAACAGCGUCAUGAGGAGAACCUUGCCUUACCAUCAACAGAGAAGGCAGCACUUGAAUGUACCAAAGCUGGACUGGAGACUUGGGAGUACAAAGCCAAGAAUGCCUUGAUGUAUUAUCCGGAGGGUGUUAAAGAUGAUGAUGCCAUCUUUAAGAAGCCAAGGGAGGUGGUUCACAAGAACACCCGCUUUGUUGGAGACCCAUUCAGCAAAGCUCUCAACAAGAGCCAGAUUCAGCAGGCAGCAGCUCUCAAUGCACAGUUCAAACAGGGUAAAGUAGGACCUGAUGGAAAGGAGCUUAUUCCACAUGACUCCCCAGCAGUGAAUGGAUAUGGUUACGUAAGAACUCCUUCACCUGCACCUGGUGUGGCUGAGUCACCUCUGAUGACCUGGGGUGAGAUUGAGAGCACGCCAUUUCGUCUGGAUGGAUCAGACACGCCGUAUGUCGAGAGGAAUCAUGGUCCAUCUUUUAAGAUCCCAGAACCAGGAAGACGAGAGAGGCUGGGUUUAAAGAUGGCCAAUGAGGCUGCUGCUAAGAACCGUGCAAAGAAACAGGAAGCAUUGCGAAAAGUCACAGAGAACCUUGCAAGUCUUACGCCUAAAGGUCUGAGUCCAGCCCUCUCGCCCGCCCUGCAGAGGCUUGUAAAUCGGACUUCUAGCAAAUACACAGACAAAGCACUGCGAGCAAGUUACACCCCAUCACCCUCACACAGGCUCACUGCCUGCAAGUCUCCCUUCGGAGGCCCGUCGACUCCUUCGGGAACGCCAACGCCAAACAAAGCAAAGACUCCAGGCUCUCAGGACCUCACGUCACUCACAGACAAUCUGCUGCAGCUUCCCAAGAGACGGAAGGCAUCGGACUUUUUCUAAGAGCAGCUAUUCUACAUGUCUUGAUGUCAUUUUUGCCUUUUAUUAAAUAUUGAACUUUCUCUCGGCACCAUAAAGCUGCACAACCCUUUCCUAAAAAUUCUAAACUAAAUUACUCUUGUUUUUUUGUUUUGUUUUUUGGGCUAAAAUCUGUUUUUAAAAGAAUGUAAUAAAAUGGCACCUUUUAUUUUUGUUCUCCCUUCUACAGGUGGUAGGGAAGUAAUGUCAAGGUCCAAAUAUAAAGACUGUUAGGUUUUCAAAUAGUACAGUCAGGAGGGCUCCAGCUUGCCGUUAGUGUUAUUUUUGGGAGAUCUAAGGGUAGAGUUAUAUUUUUUUAACUUGCCACAGAUUUGAGACAUCACCCUUUCAGGGGAAUAAUCUUUUGAGAGUAAGUCUAAAAAUGUUUGGACUCAGUUGUGUGUAUUUCAUAUUUAAAGUUAACUUUUCAUUCAAUGUUGGUAUUUCUCUCAUAAAAUGUGUCUGCAUAGAUUUGGGUGCUGCCACACAUUUUUCAUGUUCAUAUGUACAUUUAAAUAAUUACUGGCCUUUGUAAAAAGAUAUGUUGACCAUGUUAGAGAUUCUUCCUUAUGCAGGACAGCUGGGCAGACACAAUAUUUAAAAUAACUAAGAGCGAUACAAAACUUCAGUAGUGUUAGUCGAGUAGGUGUGGAAGCUUGUUUCUACCACUUAAAAAAAAUAUUUUUUAUUAUCUAAAAUUUUAACUCAAAAUUUUGACUUAUGGUUGGCAAAUAAAAAAAUUCAGUGGUGGAAAGAAGCUUCCAUAAGUAGCUGUCAUUUAACAGCACAGCUAUUUUGGUUUAAAGGUCCCACCUGCCGUCCGUCACCCCCAUCUUUCCUUGCUCUGCUUACUGAAAAACACUGAGUUGUAGCCCAAAGGCUGAAUAAUAAAGUGUUAUCAUUCAGCUGAAUUUUUUACAAUUACUGACUGUAAAUGAUUUCAUUAAAGUGGAAAUAGAUUGUGUUCAAUGUCUGUAUUAACAGAAGAAAUAAUUACAGUCAUAAAUAAUUCUUCCAGUGCACAAUGAAUGUGUUAUUUUACGUGACCUCAUUCAGUUCAGCUCCGUUUAAGUAUAUUUAUAUUUUGCCAAAUCACAACAGUUGCCUCAAGGUGCUCUAUACUCAAAGGUAAAAACCCCAACAAUCAGAUGACCCAAUCUGAAGUGCUGCAACAAAAAAGACUUUUCCAAGUCUUUAAAAAAUAUUUGUAAAUUCUCUAAAUGAGGUGAUACUGACUGGUUUGUGUAAAUUUGCAAGUUAAAUUAUGUGAAGUGUUAUUUUUUUAAAAUAAUUAUUGUGGUCACAUUUCAUUAAAGCUCUUAAAAAACAAAUGUAUGCAUGCUGCUUGCAUUAUGGAGUACCUACCUACUCCCUUACUUACUCCCUCCUCAAAAAAAUUAAGGGAAUACUUGAACAAUUUUUAACUUUGAUUUUUGGUAUGGUUUUGUAUAUAUCCCCCAAAGGGUUGAUUUUAGUUUCCAGUGAGUAUUGUGUUAUUUUGCUCUCAACGAAUUACACAAUGUA